UUCGUCCAAAUUGAAACAGUCACAACUAGACAAACACAAAAAUGGCAGCCUCCAUGACAGCAAAAUCAAGACUUCUGUCUCUUGUAGAAGAAGCAGAGGUUUUGACAAAAGACCUUGGUGAAGCAACUUCAGCAGUUCGGCAGAGAGUUCCUCAUCCAGAUGAACCUCAAAUUAUGGAGAUUUUGAUGAAGAAAAAUGAAGAGCUUGAAGCGACAUUGAAAGAGACAGAAGAACAAAGGAAGAUGAAACAAGAGAUUGAGGGUCUUCAGGAGGAAGUGGAUAAGAGGGAUGAAGAUAUCAAAACUUUACAGAAACAACUCAAAGAAGCUGAAUAUAUUCUGGCCACAGCCAUCUACCAAGCCAAGGAGAAGCUCAAAGCUAUCAAACAAGCCAAGAAAGGUGCCAUAUCUUCAGAGGAACUCAUCAAGUACGCACAUCGGAUCAGUGCAACCAAUGCUGUGGCUGCACCUCUUGCAUGGGAACCAGGUGAUCCUCGUAGACCCUACCCAACAGAUCUGGAGAUGAGGAUGGGUGUCCUGGGUAGGCUGAGUAAUCUUCCUCAAGUAGGACUCAACGGUGCAGGAGGUGGAGAUGGUGCACAGAGUACAGCGGGAGCUACUGGAGGCCUGACCUGGAAACCUUCAAGCGAACUCACGGCGAGUCGCAGCAUGUCAACAGGGGUCAAUCGUCUCACGGGGGAUGGUGGGAUUGAUCUGGGCAAGGAGAACGAGGACGAUGUGGAGAUGAUGUCAUCGGAUUCAGAGAGCAGCAGCUCCAGCGAUAGUUUCUGAUGACAAGGAACAGUGGAAUUAUCUCUUCUUUGACUGGACUGCUGAACAAUGGAGCAAACAUUUGUUUGAAAUGGUUAUCUAUGAUAAUUGUGACAACAUCAGUAUUCUUGCCAAUGUGUAACUCACUAUAUGCUCAUUCGAAGCUUGGCGGACUUCAGAAGUAAAAAAAUACAGAAGGUGAAUUCUCUCCAACAUGAGUACCAAGAGGGGAUAAUAGAAAGAUUAAACGAGAACUUACCGUUUGAAGUUUGAUCUUUAUUUUAUGAGUGUCGAGGAAGAGAUUACA